AUGCUGCCAGGGCUGCUUUGGCUGCUGUUCUUCGCCGGCGCUGCCUUGAAGAUGGAGAUGAUCUGUGUUUUAUUCCUCUCUCUCGUGCCGGCGUACAGCAGGGGACAAGGGGUUUACGCUCCUGCUCAGGCCCAAAUUAUCCAUGCUGGGCAGGCGUGUGUAGUGAAGGAGGACAACAUCAGUGAACGUGUUUACACGAUUCGGGAAGGGGACACGCUGGUCCUGCAGUGUCUGGUCACAGGACACCCCCGGCCACAGGUGAGAUGGACCAAAACAGCUGGCAGCGCAUCGGACAAAUUCCAAGAGACGUCAGUGCUUAACGAGACCCUUCGGAUUGAGAAGAUCCAAAGGCUGCAGGGGGGCCGCUAUUACUGUAAAGCAGAAAAUGGGGUUGGGGUCCCUGCCAUCAAGUCCAUUCGAGUAGAUGUGCAGUAUCUAGAUGAACCUGUCCUCACUGUUCAUCAGACCAUCAGUGAUGUACGUGGCAGCUUCUACCAGGAGAAGACUGUCUUCCUCCGUUGCACCGUCAACUCCAACCCACCAGCUCGCUUCAUAUGGAAACGGGGAGCUGAGACACUUUCCCACAGUCAGGACAAUGGUGUGGACAUCUAUGAACCCCUCUAUACACAGGGUGAAACCAAAGUUCUGAAGCUGAAGAACCUGCGGCCCCAGGAUUACGCCAGCUACACAUGCCAGGUGUCUGUCCGCAACGUCUGCAGCAUCCCUGACAAAUCGAUCACCUUCCAGCUCACAAACACCACAGCCCCACCUGCUCUGAAACUGUCAGUCAAUGAAACAUUGGUGGUCAACCCUGGUGACAACAUCACUAUGCAGUGCUCUCUGACAGGCGGUGACCCACAGCCAGAGGUGCUUUGGUCUCAUUCUCCCGGCCUGCUGCCUCCCAACAGCCUUGUGCAAGGAGGCAACCUCACCAUCUGGAGGAUCCGCGUGGAGGACUCAGGAUACUACAACUGCACAGCCAUAAACAACGUGGGGAACCCAGCAAAGAAGACAGUGAACCUACUCGUGCGGUCCAUGAAGAAUGCCACGUUCCAAAUCACCCCUGAUGUGAUCAAAGAGAGUGAGACCAUCCAGUUAGGGCAGGACUUGAAACUCUCAUGCCACGUGGAUGCUGUCCCCCAGGAGAAAGUUGUCUACUCCUGGUACAAGAAUGGGAAACCAGCCAGGUUCUCAGACCGGUUACUCAUCACCAGGAAUGACCCUGAGCUCCCACCUGUGACCUGCAGCUUGGAGAUUAUCGACCUGAGAUUCAGUGACUACGGCACCUACCUGUGUGUGGCCACCUUCCAGGGAGCACCCAUUCCUGACCUCAGUGUGGAGGUGAACAUCUCCUCAGAGACAGUGCCGCCAACCAUCAGUGUCCCCAAGGGUCAGUCUACCAUCACCGUCCGGGAGGGCUCCAGGGCUGAGCUGCAGUGUGAGGUUCGAGGGAAGCCUAAGCCACCCAUCGUCUGGUCCCGAGUAGAUAAGGAAACCCCCAUGCCUUCAGGGACAAUGACGGUGGAGACAUAUGAUGGGAAGCUGCACCUGGAGAGCAUCAGCCGAGAAAUGAGCGGGACCUAUAAGUGCCAGACAGCCAGGUACAAUGGCUUUAACAUCAGACCACGGGAAGCCCUGGUGCAGCUCAACGUGCAGUUUCCACCGGUGGUGGAGCCAGCCUUCCAGGAUGUGCGGCAGGGCAUGGGGCGCAGCGUCACCCUGCGCUGCACCAUGCUGAAGGGCAGCCCCAUGAAGGUGGCCACCUCUGUCUGGCGCUUCAAUGGCACCCUGCUGGCGCAGCCCCCUGCAGAGCAGCAGGACUACUCGGAGCUAAAAGUGGACAGCGUGAGCCGGGAGACCAGCGGCAGCUACGAGUGCAGCAUCUCCAAUGAUGUGGGGGUCUCCGCCUGCCUCUUCCAGGUGUCUGCAAAAGCUUACAGCCCUGAGUUUUACUAUGACACUCCAAACCCCACCCUGAGCCAGAAGCAAUCCAAGAAUUACUCUUACAUCUUGCAGUGGACACAGAAGGAACCUGAUGCUGUGGAUCCUAUCCUCAAGUAUCGCCUGGAAGUCAGGCAGCUGGCUCAACGAAACAUCAUCCAAACCUUCAUUCCUGUGCAGAAAAUGGAGAAGGGCCUGUUGCUGGAGCACAUCCUGCCCAACCUGAAGGUGCCUCAGAGCUACGAAGUUCGCUUGACACCUAUCACCAGCUUUGGGGCUGGCGAUAUGGCUGCUCGCAUCAUCCGGUACAUGGAACCAAUCAACUAUCCCAGCCCAACAGAUAACACCUGUCGCUUUGAGGAUGAGAAGAUCUGCGGCUUCGUGCAAGACAAGAUGGACAACUUUGACUGGACACGGCAGAACGCCCUGACCCAGAACCCCAAGCGUACUGUCAACACUGGGCCACCCACGGACAUCAGCGGUACGCCAGAGGGUUAUUACAUGUUCAUCGAGGCCUCUCGGCCCCGGGUGACAGGAGACAAAGCCCGGCUGAUCAGCCCACUAUACAACAUCACGGCCAAGUACUACUGUGUCUCCUUCUACUACCACAUGUACGGCAAGCACAUCGGCUCCUUGAAUCUGCUGGUUCGCGUGCGGAACAAGCGGGCCAUCGACACCCAGGUGUGGUCACUGAGUGGGAACAGGGGGAACAUGUGGCAGCAAGCACAUGUGCCCAUCAACCCUCCUGGGCCCUUCCAGAUCAUCUUCGAAGGCGUCCGGGGCACGAGCUAUGAGGGAGACAUUGCCAUUGAUGAUGUCACUCUGAAAAAGGGGGACUGUCCAAGGAAGCCAAUUGGACCGAAUAAGGCGGUUGCUCUUCCAGGAAGUGGGGUUCCAGCCCAGCAUGGCCCUUGUCUUUGUGGCCCAUUGACUUUCUUCCUUUACAUGCUGCUCAGAUGAUGGCAAGUGAGCACUCCUGUCUUCGGACCGAGACAUUCCUGCUCCUUUCCUACUCAGCCACCUCUGCUCCUCUUCUUCCCCUCCUCACUGGCACACCAAAGUGUCCAUAUGUUACCAAAGACUGACAGGCAUGACCACGCAAAGGGAUCUGGUUCAGAACUGGAGCACUCCUUGAGAAAGUCAUAAUGUCUAAGACAAAAUUAAA